AUGUGUUACCAGGUAGUCGAGCUGUACUCGGCCUGCAAGUGCCUCUACUACCAGCACGCCGUUGACCGUUGCGCCUCGUUUGGCCGGCCAGGUCAUCGUAUCCAGCAAAGAACCAUAUAUGUCGGACUCUGGUUACUCAAGUGGCCACUCCCACAAGAAGUCACAUCAGCACUACCGGUGAAAAGUGUCGUCUCCGAUGAUGGGUUGCUGCUCGUGGCACUCGCCGCCGUUGGAUCAGUUCCAGUUCGGUCACUGGGUCACCUUCCUCUACUCUUUCAGAAUACCGCCUUCAUCACUCGCGCUGCCACCUUCACAGCUCUCUUACUUAUUCGUGGGUUACGACCGUCUGGGCUCGACCUCGAGGCCUACCCCAGGGUUGAUAUCACCCAGCGGGCCAGGUCUCUAAUGGAGGCUAUCCCGUCCGAACGGCUCGCAGCAAGGCUAUCAUCAGAGACAGGGGGCGAGUUAGCAGGCGCCACCGAACAGCAAAAUGAGGCACGUGCUCUGUUCGGAAGCAGGCUGUUCUCUUCGCCUGCGCACGCGCCUGUCACAACUCUAGAUGUCUCCUUCGCAUCUUUUUAA